AUGCCUGUUUUCCAAUCGAAGCCCUUCCGCGCCAGCGGCAGCAGUGCGGCAGCUCGGGACCUCCCCUCGCGGAUUGCAGCGUGGUAUAAUCGCAAGCAGGAACGCAAUCCGUUCCUGUACUUUGGUCUGCCUUUCAUCUCCAUCGUGGUCGCGGCCUCGUUCCUCCUCACCCCAGCCACCGCCUUGCGGUACGAGAAGCACGACCGCAAGAACAGACAGGUCUCAGACCACGAGAGGAUGGAACUGGGCUUGAAAGGGGGCGCUGCGGGCGAGGGCGGCCUCACGUACAAUCCACGACGACGGAAGCUUCUCAAGGGCGAGCUGAACGAGCGGGAUGAAUACUACAGGCUCAUGGCCAAAGACUUGGAUAAUUGGGAGCAGAAACGGGUGGAGCGGUGGAAGGACGAACCGGAUGGGAGAUUGCGAUAG